AUGCCCAACCCAGUGCGUGCAAGCUGCUUGCAUAUCCCCAUCCGGUACGCCCACUCCGCCUCCUCAUCCCGGUGGCUCGCACGUCAAAAAUCCGACCCCUUCGUGCGUCUGCGCUCUGAGGCCGGCACCGACUCGGGCGCGUACCGUUCCCGUGCCGCAUUCAAGCUGCUCGAGAUCCAGGAGAAAUUCGGGAUAAUUCGAGCUGGGGACACUGUGGUGGACCUUGGGUGUGCGCCCGGGGCGUGGCUGCAGGUCGCAGGAGAGGUUGUUGGAAAGGAUGGCCUGAGUGGACGGGUGUUGGGGGUGGAUUUGCUGAGGACAGAUCCGCUGGAGAACACUACCAUCAUACAGGGUGAUUUCCUCAGUGCGAGCACGCAGCUUGAGCUUGCUCGCGCGCUGAGAGGGUCAUCGGAGGAAGGGGAGCCUGCAAAACUUGGGCGAUGCGUGGACGUCGUGCUCUCCGAUAUGGCGCCGAACAUCUCCGGCAACAGGACGAGCGAUGUUGCCAACUCUCUCCGGUUAUCAGAAGCUGCUGUGGGAUUCACGAUGCGGUUUUUGAGGCUAGGUACGGACGCUGCACCGAGGCAGAGAAAACAGGGAGGGGCACUGGUCAUGAAAUACUUCGCACACCCAGAACUUACAGAAUUCAAGACUCAAUACCUCAUACCAUAUUUCAAAAGGGUGAUUGAUUUCAAGCCGAAGUCGAGCAGGAAAGAAUCGGCAGAAACGUAUUGGGUGUGCAUGGAUCUUCACCUGCCCCCACGGCAUGGGUAGCAGAAUCACAGCCAAUGCGCUGGCUCAACACGCCGAAUAUCUUCGUUCAAAAGCUCGCGCGGAGGAAUGAUUAUCAGCGGGACAGCAAUCUUGGUUAUCACACAUAUCGCAUUGAGAUGUGACGGAUGGCGAACGCACUAGGCGCAUAUAUCUGCCAUCUCACCCACCCUAAAUGUACCACUGACCCACGACCAAGCG